AAUUGCCAAGAGACAGUGUAUUUUCUAUAGUUCCGUUGUGGGUGUUCCUGCAAGUUGCGUGACCCUGCAGGCAUACAACUGCACAGACAUACAUCAAACCCCACAUAUCAACCUUGCUCCUAACAUAUAUAAACGACAAAUCUAGCCUGCAGACACCACAGCUCAGUUACUCAACCAGCCUUCAUCCAACAUGAAUCCUCUACCCAAAGAAUACCACUUCACUCAUCCCGAGCUCAGCUAUGACUCAGAGCCGAACUUCCAACCCGCAAUCAAAGUUUCGCUCUUUUUCAGUAAAAAGGAUGAAAUCACACACGAGGAGUUCUUCAGACAUUGGCGAACAGUUCAUGCCGAUUUGGCUGUCGCUACACAGGCCUUCCAGCACAAGGUUCUUCGAUAUGUCCAGCAUCAUCAAACCCCCGAGAUGAAAGCACGCAUGACAAGCAUAGGCGCCAGUGUUCUCGAUUACGAUGCCUGUGCUCAGCUAUGGGUACGCGAUUGGGAUAGUUGGCUAGAAUUCUGUCAAAGCCCUGAGUAUUUGGCUGCACUACGGGAUGAUUGUGAUCGAUUCAUGGGUUCACCCAUUAAGUUUAUGGUUGGUUAUGAGACCUUGAUUGUUGGUGAUGCUUCUCGAGUUAUUGGUGGUAAGAGUGGGUUGUCGACGAAGGCUACUCAGUGAUAUCAUGAUGUAUAUAUUCAUUAUUUAGGCCUUAUGCUUUUGAUUCUAUUUGAAACCUUGGCCAUUAGACUCUGGAGCUUGGGGGACUUGUAUUGGACUGUGACUUGGGAA